AUCACACUGCCGAGUACGACAAUCUCCCUCUUAAGGUUGAAUGCCCUCCAACUUUGACUUCUUCUCCUCAAUUCUCGAAGUUCGGAGACGGUGCAGACUGGUUCAUAUCUUCAGGGGGAAAAAAAUUCGAACACAAAACGGCACUUUCGAUCUUCUUCCCUCGUCAAGCAACCUUCCCACAACUUCUACACCACCGCCAGCCAAAUGAGACUCCGCGAGCGCAUCACUACUCCGGCCAGACUCUCCCAAGGAGUGGACCCGGGGAGACCACGUCGCAAUAUCCUUGGCACGCCCCAACCGCCGCCCAUUGUUCCAGCAACCGCCGAACAAUCUCAACCCACUGUUCCUGAACUGGUUGGACAAUCCAAGGCUCGAGGUGGCUGCCAAGUUCUGGCAGUGCCCCAGUUGCUCAAGGACAUUCCCGCGGCUACCCCGUCAAUAUCCCAGCCCGACCUUGGACAAUGGACCUCCCUGACAGACACAAUGAAGCUAGUUAUAUGGAGCGUGAUCCAGGAAGCUACGCAGGCAAGCGACUUGGAGUUGACCUACCAACUUGACUUCAGCGAUCAAGCGUCGGUCGACAUGUACCAUCUUCUUCGCUUGGAAUUUGAGCGUCAAGGGCAGUUCGACGCCGAUGCUGAUGAAAUCGCACAAACAAUUCUCGCCAUCGCCAAAAUAUCCGUCAGCGGAGAAAUGACCGCCGAGCAGCGCAGCAAGCUGGACCUCGUUGAACAACAAAGCAAGAGAAAUCUCCCGUCGAAAGCCCCUGAGGAUCACAUGGUUCAGCCGGACGACGUUGCUGCGGCAGAGAAUUACGUUCGGACCCGAUUUGCAGAUUCACCCCUGCGGAAGCAGAUCAUUGAAAGUAUCAACCGCCACCGAGGCAAAGAGUAUGGUAGAGCAAUCAUUGGAGCUAUUCUGCCUCCCAUCGAUGACGAUGAGGAUGAGGAUGGCGACAAGGACGCUGCGAAUAACUGAUUGUGGUAACUGGAUGAAUGGGCAACGAGGAAACCGCAGAUAAGUGGCAUUGACGGCGAGGCUUCCGCAGCGUCUUUGGGGAAUAUGACACUGGAUGUAUUACAGAAAGCAACUCGCAAGGGAAUAGUAGAGCAAGUAAAGCAAAGCAGCACCAAAAAGCAAGAAAGGAAACAGUGUGAAAGAUCUCAUAACGCCUAA